UGAUCCUCUUUAUUAGGUCACGUUUACUUUCACUGCCCUCACGAAUUUCGCUUUCGAUCGUUGCAUACGGUUUCUCUACAACUACUGGAUUAAGCUAAUUCUCGGUUUAGGGUUUUGAAAUAUAAUUUCCUGUAUCAGAUCAUCGUUCUUUCGCAAAAUUGUGGGGUAUGACACAGACUUAGAGUGUCAGAGAAGAGUGAUCUUUCUGUUAGGUUAAUGAAAUUGAUCGAGGAACAGAGAACUUUGGCGAAAGGUUUGUUUUUCGAGAAAGGGGGAAUAUCCAUUAGCUUCAACUUCAAUUUCAAUUAGCCCAGGCUAUGACCAAAUUCUGGAAAUUUAUGUUACUCAUGUUAAUUGUCAAAGGCACUUCAUUGAUACAGUGGAAAACCACGGAUAUGGCACAUAAUUUGUAAUAUUGAUUAGAGCUUGAGCUUGAAAGUAAGAAUUGAGAAUAUAAAGCAAGGUUGCAGGGGAGAAAUUAAUCAAAUUAUCAGAUGCUAAAGCACUAGUAGGAUCGUACUUGUCUCCAAUAAUGGAAUGGCAUUUUGGGAAGGAACAUACUGCUAAUUUACUCUAUUGAAAAUAAUGUGAUUGCUUGAGAAGUGGGGUAUGUAGAAUGAGUUUUAUAAUUUAGAGGUAUAUAUCUUAAAUUUUUUUGAACUCUUGGUUAAAUUUAGUCCUUGAUCCAUUUGCAUGAACACACAAGGAAGUUUUAUAAUGGCUUUCAAAUGCAUAAUGUAGGCAGAGUUUAAUGUUGUGCCAGCUGACUCAUCUUAUAUUAUUGUCUAUUUGUCAAUUAUCAUUCAAGUUGUAACCUUGGAGAUGAUAUUGCUUUGGCUGAAAUGAUGCUGUAGUUGUUUCUACUAAUUUUUCAUAAUCUUAUCUUCUGUGCUUGCUUUUUUUGCCUCCAUGAAAACUUUCUAUAAUUAUGUUACUGACUUUUUUUCAUUUUAUCUGAUCUUACAAAAUUGGUGUUCUUGGACUCUGUUCCUUGUCUUUCCAGUCCUUGCUGGGCUAGCUUUUAUGUUUUCAGCUAGCAUUCUGCUACAGAUUCUGGCGUGUGCAAUAUACAGCAAUUGGUGGCCUAUGUUAUCAGCUCUUAUGUAUGUGCUGGUACCUAUGCCUUGCUUAUUCUUUGGUGGUGGAAACACUCAUUUUCUGAUGAGCCGAGAUGGUGGGGGUUGGAUAGAUGCUGCUAAAUUUUUAACUGGUGCAUCCGCAGUUGGGAGUAUAGCCAUUCCUAUAAUCCUCAGGCAUGCUCAUAUGAUUGAGACAGGAGCAAUGCUCAUUGAGCUUGUCUCGUUCUUCAUUUUUAUAUGUACUGUUAUGUGUUUCCACCAAGCGAGCCUCGACGAUGAUUGGUGAAAGCGGCUUCCUCAAAUUCCUGACAUCCUCUAGUCAUUAGGGUUGGUUGGAAGUAAAAAUGGAAAAUCCAUUGUGAAAAUUAUGACAACCAUGAUAAAAGGAAUUUAUAAUCAACCAUGUGUAAAGCCUUACAUGUAAUUUACCUUAUGGUCAAAGUUAUACCAAGAUAUGUGUGAUAACAUUCAUUGAUGGAGAACACGAAUUUGCCAUUUGGAUUGUAUGACGUUGUUCAUAUAUCCAUGAAUUCAGUGGCGGUUCUUACACCCGUUUAGUUCAAUGUGGAUAGAACAGGAAACCCUAAUUGAGAA